UUUGGAUGCAUUCUCUGAACAUUCGCCACAGUGCAGUGUUUUGAUAACAUUUUUCGGAUUCUGAAACACGCUGAGCAUUAUCACGCGAGCACGUGCACCGAUAAUCCAGCAAUACUUGAGCGAUGAUACGACCGGACACAGUGUAUCGCAUCUCCCCGAUGAUAAAUACCAGUGACUUGUCUUAGGCAUGCCGUCGAAUCGUCAGUGAUGCGCGAGCGUCGGUCGGUGGAAAGCGAGUUGAACGGCGAAGAUCGCAGCUGAAGGAAACGCGGCGUGAAAUUAAAUCGUUUGGAAAAUGUGGUCGUUGGUAUUUGUGACCACCUUGGCAUUGAGUAGUGCUGUAUCGGAGACGAUAAACUUACCGAGUAAUGACACAUGGCAAUACAGUUUCGGGGUUGAUUAUGAGAACAAUCUAUUUCUAUUGGAUGGAAAGCCUUUCCGGUAUGUUUCCGGCAGUUUUCAUUACUUUCGGGCGCCUAGACAGUAUUGGAGGGAUCGUUUAAGGAAAAUGCGAGCCGCGGGACUUAAUGCGAUCUCCACCUAUGUUGAAUGGAGUCUUCAUGAACCAGAACCAGGUCAAUUUAAUUGGGCCGGUGACGCGGAUCUAGUAGAAUUCCUAAAUAUCGCGCAAGAGGAAGACUUGCUCGUAUUAUUACGACCGGGUCCUUACAUUUGCGCGGAAAGAGAUUUGGGUGGUCUACCCUAUUGGUUACUUCGCGAAGUGCCGGAUAUAAAGCUACGUACAAAAGAUACAGCUUUCAUGAAAUAUGCCACAAGGUAUUUGAAUCAGGUGUUAGAAAAAGUCCAGCCGCUUUUAAGAGGCAACGGGGGACCGAUAAUCAUGGUUCAGAUAGAGAAUGAAUAUGGAAGUUACAAUGCUUGCGAUACCGAGUAUACGGACAUGUUGAAAGAAGUCGUUGUCGAAAAAAUCGGCAGUAAGGCCCUCUUAUACACGACGGACGGUGCGUCCGCGUCCUUGCUCCGUUGCGGUUUCGUACCUGGUGCAUAUGCCACCGUCGAUUUCGGAACAUCCGUUAAUGUGACCAACAAUUUUCAAUCCAUGCGUCUCUAUCAGCCACGAGGUCCCUUGGUGAAUUCUGAAUUUUAUCCAGGAUGGUUAACCCAUUGGGGGGAAACCUUCCAGAGGGUAAAAACCGAAGCUGUCACAAAGACAUUGAAUGAAAUGCUCGCUCUAGGCGCUUCCGUUAAUAUUUACAUGUUCUACGGUGGUACAAAUUUUGCUUUAACUUCCGGUGCUAAUGGCGGUGCAGGUGUAUAUAGUCCACAGAUAACUUCUUACGAUUAUGAUGCUCCUUUGACCGAAGCUGGAGAUCCGACAGACAAAUACUUUGCUAUAAGAGACGUCAUCGGUCAGUACCUGCCAUUGCCGAACAUGUCUCUUCCAACCGUCUCUCCGAAAGGCAAUUACGGUCCGGUAUUAUUAGAACCGAUACAGAAGCUGUUCGACAGUCGAUCCUCGUUCGUGGUGAGCUUGGCGAUCGGCAACAGACCUAAAACUUUCGAGCAUCUAUCUGUGAAUCAAGGUUUUGUACUUUACGAGACGGAUUUGCCGCCUCCUGUUUUCGACCCAGUGAUAUUGCGUGCAAUCGCGAAGGAUAGAGCACUGGUUUACGUGGAUGGCAGAUUAUCCGGGAUACUGAGUCGCAUAGAUAAGAUAUAUACUAUACCGCUUGAGAACCCUUACGGUCGCCGUCUAAGUCUAUUGGUGGAGAAUCAAGGACGUUUGAAUUUCGGCAACGAAAUUCACGAUUUUAAGGGUAUAUCAAACGUGACUAUCAGCGGAACUCCAUUAACUAAUUGGACUAUGACGGGCUACGCAAUCUCCGACGUGUCGUCUCUUCGAGAUGUGAUAACUAUAGACAUAGAUAGCGGGUCUUUAAAUAACGGCCCGGUAUUUCUUCGUGGACGGUUCACGAUUACCGGGCAACCGUUGGACACAUUUUUGGACACCACCGGCUGGGGUAAAGGGGUGGCUUUCGUGAACGGUCAUAAUCUCGGCAGAUACUGGCCGUUGGUCGGCCCGCAAAUAACUCUGUACGUUCCGGCUCCGUAUCUUCGUACAGGCGAGAAUGAGUUGAUCCUGCUGGAACUGGAAUACGUAUCGCAAGCGAGGAAGAUGAAGUUUCAAUCCGUACCGAAUUUGGGUACGGGAUCGCAAAGCUCGGAUAGUUAAACUUUUGAGUUUAAUCACUUCGAGAGAGAUAACAUGCCAUCCGGAUAUCAAAGACAUGAAAAGAACAUUACAGGAACAUUUAACGACGGUUUCUACGAUACAGAAAUCGAUCAGCCACGAUAAUACCGCGGCGCUACACGGCAAAAAUAUGCACAUUGUUGUCUAUGGUCGAUGAAGAACCGAUUUGUAAAGAUCCCGCCGGAGCAUUCAAUGGCUUUAAUAUCCUUUGCGUUGACAAAUGAGGGGUUCGCACGGUAGGACGUCCGAUAAUCCAAAACGACGAAUUAUCCUACCUCCGCUCCGCGUGUCGUUUCAGACGAAUAUCACGGAUAAUAAUGAGUAUACGAUGACAAAGCAUUACCGGCUAUCUGCUUCAUAAGCUUCAUCUGUACGAUAAAGUUCGUCUGAAUAUCUAAUGAACAAAUAUACAUUUUUAUGCGGUUGUAAAAUAAUUCUAAAUAGAGAUAAAUAUUAAAGACGGAUAAAUGUUAUGAAUAUAUGUGACUAACAAAGAAUAUUAUCUUCGUUCGACGCCAAGUUGCUUGCGAUUCGGAAGUGUCUAUUAUAAAUCACAAUAGACUACAUUUGCCACAUUUUAGAUUCAAAUAGCUAUUGAAAUGGGACGACGUAAAAUUUACGUCGUCCCAUUUCUUUGUUCAGAAUUUAGCCGGAAGAUACAGUCAGUAAACGCUUUCCGAAAUCAAACUGAUUAAUGAAAAUAUAUAAGAUAAUUAAAAAUCGAUUCUUGUAUACUCCCAUAUAUGACAUGGCGAUUAUGACAACAUUAAUAAUAAUAAAAUAUAAUAAUUGUAAAUUCUGUGAAGAAAAAUCACAUUAAGAUAUUUUAAUUCUUGAUUAUAUGAAAGUUUAUUGACUUGAUAAUAUUAAGAAUUGAUAUGUAAGAGGGAACAUUGAAUGAAUUUAAAUAUUCUAUGUUUCCUUCUCGAUUUCAUAAUAUAACGUAAACAUCCUUGAUAAAAUAAACAACCAAUGUCGAAUCUUUCUAGAAA